AUGAGUGGUAUGAAUUUAGGAAAGGGACAAAGAAAUCCUACAAGGCAUCGCCAGAAAAUUACUAGCCACUCGGUUUUGAAUACUAAUGAGCAUUGGACAAAUGGGCAACAAUACCCCAUUCAAACAAGGAUAACAACGCAGCCACGAAAUAUAUGUCCAUAUUAUAAACGCCCUGAACGGAAUAACCUGAUUAAAAUCGCCUGUACGCGUAUGGUCCCAUCCUUUAAGCCAAGCUUAGCCACUCAUUUUUGUCUACUAAAUACAAGAUCGCUUAAAAAUAAAGGGACACUUGUACAUGAUUACAUCCUAGAUCGCAAAGUGGAUAUUUUAGCUUUAACAGAAACUUGGCUCACUCCUGGAAAUGUCAAUGAAUUUGAAAUAAACGAGACUACUCCAAAUGGUUAUGCAUUUUUACACGCCCCAAGACAUACUCGUGGUGGUGGAGUCGCUGUAGUUUAUAGAAAGUCCCUACAUCUCAAGCAAAAUCCUACAUAUGAAAAGUUUAAAUCAUUUGAACAUAUGGACUUAACCGUGAAGUCCGCAUCGAAAUCUUUAAGAAUUAUUGUUAUAUAUCGACCAUGCACCAACGUCAAAAAACAAUUUAACUGAAUCCACCUUUUUUUGUGAAUUCUCUACUUUACUUGAAGAACUGGUACCUUAUUCUGGUAGUGGUAGUGUCCUUAUCGCAGGAGACUUCAAUUUCCAUGUUAAUGACUCAAGUAAUGCAUCUGCGAAGAAGUUCCUCAAUUUAUUGACAUCAUUUGACUACAGAAACCACGUACUUACUGCUACUCACAAAAAAGGCCACACACUGGAUCUAUUACUAACACGAUCUGACGACAAAUUUGUAUCAAACAUAGAUGUCAUUGACCCUGAAAUCUCUGACCACUCGGCGGUGAACUUCAAACUUUUGCUUGCUAAACCACCUUCCGUAAGGAAACAAGUGAGUUUCAGAAACACAAAAGCAAUUAAUUUCGAUUUGUUUCGUACCGACAUAAAAAAUUCUAGUCUGCUUAAAACACCCAAUACAUCUACGCUUGCCGAAUCUUAUCAAAACGUACUUUCUACAUUGCUGGAUACCUAUGCACCUGUUAAAACCAAGACAGUAACACUACGUCCUGCUACUCCUUGGUAUACACCUGAGAUUCAAGAACAGAAAAUCAGAAAGACGCGCUUGGAACGUCGAUGGAGAACUACCAAGCUUACAGUGGAUAGAGAGGUGUACACCCAACAAUGUAUUGUUGUAAAUAGGACUAUCUAUGCAGCAAAAACCAACUACUACAAAGACAUGAUAAACGAUUGUGGGUCGGACCAAGGAGAACUUUUCAAGAAAAUAGAUAGGAUGUUUAAAAUGCCAGUAGAAGGGAAAUACCCAUCAUGUGCUUCAUCUGAACAGCUUGCAAAUAACUUUGCACAUUUUUUCGACAACAAGAUAGAUUCCAUCAAAAAGGAUUUGUCCACAAAAUCUGCAAAUCUAUUAUGUUCUCAUAUCAUGGACACAACUUUAUUAUCAAAAAACACCAAACUUGAAUCAUUUGCGCCUACAACGACGCAGGAUUUGCUUGGGCUCACACGAAAACUGGUUAAAAAUUAUGCAUACUUGACCCAAUCCCAGCGAAG